AUGACGCGCACGCACGGCAUGUACCCCAGACCCGGAGUAUAUAUUUGUCCAGAAACGAGUUUUCGCAACUGCUGGUUGCACCAAAUUCGCCACGGUAAUGGAACAUUAAAAUACACGCGGAAUAGGGAUGUCCUGGCAAAGAGCGCGUGCAUCUCUCUGACCAAAUGUAACGCCCUCCGGACUCUCGGCAGGGCCGCCUUGAGUCCGGGCGCCCCAGGGCGCCGCCCGACGCGCGGAAGCCACAAGUUGGACCACAAAGAGCCCGCAGCACUAGCAGCCCCCAAGGCUGCGGGCCUGCCCACCCUGUGUGCAAGGUACGCUGGAAGCCUGCAGCCGCGGCGCUCGCAAUGCAGCUCCUCACCCGACUCUCGCCAGGCACCAGCGCAAGGCGGCCGGAGUGCGGAGCACCAUGUGAUGCGGCCUCAGCUCGUCCCUCUUCCCCAUCCAAGCAUCUCUCCAGGAGCCUCCGGAAGGCUGGACGGGAAGGUCCCCCCCAAGGUCACCCGGCUCCGCGACCCGAAAGUGCCGCAGCCCAGCGGACGGCACCUGACCACGGGGCCCGCGGCUCGCAUAGAGAACCCGCACGCCUCAAGGUCCCCUUCACCCACGCCGCGGUCGGGGGGCCACACGGCCGCGCGCGCCCAGGAUGCCCUCUGCCGGGCCGCUCCCUCCACCCGGGGGACGAAGGUUUCCGCGCGCCCGCCGGGUUCCCCCGACCCCACGAGGGCACCAAGGGCACUGCGGAGUCCACGCCGCGCGCUGCCGCCUCAGCCGCCCACUAACCGUUAUGCGCGGCUCGCGGCGCCCGCGUGUGCGUGA